GAGGAGAGGAGAGGAGAGGAGAGGAGAGACUCCAUCACACCACCGUACAGUGCGGUACCGGCGCGUGACACACCGGCAAGAGGGCGAUUUCCUCCACGGAAAGAUGGAGCGCGCGGGGACGGAGACGCUCUGCACGUAGAGGGAACGAGGGUCGCGCCGCUCUCUUUGUCGCUCCUAUCCGGAGAAGAGCCACCACACACCGUGUGUGUUUCCCUUGUAAACUUUUUUACACAAGAAAAACUGCGUUUUCCGAGGAAGAAACUGAACUUGUGCACAACGAAGGUCGGGGAGAUAAUGAUGAUGAUGAUGUAGUCGCUGCAACAGCAUCAGCAUCAGCAUCAGCAGCAGCAGCAGCAGCUCUCUGACACACGGACAGGCUCCCGAACUGCUCAUAUCCUGCGAAUAGCAGCAUUCGCGGCGGGCGGACGGACGGACGGACGGACGGACGGGGGGUUCGGGGGAAACGGGGCAGUGUUUGGUGAGGUGAGGAUGACAGAGCCUGUGCGGGGUCAUGCGGCGCACCUGAGCACCUGAACAGCGACCGCGGCUGGAGCACCGCCUCGCACCAUUUAGCGGCGUUUAGCGGGGAGGGGGGGGGUCACGCUUUACACGCUGCUGUUUACUGUACCCGUCACGUGUGUUUAGCCCCCGUCCCUCGGUCGUUUAUUUUCACUUCAUCGGCGCGCGAACCUUAUAACCCGUUCAAACCCGCUGUGUUUAGAAGUCCGCCGUCGUCCGCAAAUCUCGGAUACCGAUAAUUUGCGUCGUUUUCAUACGUCUUUUUGUCGCGCUUUUGAACGGGAACGCCCCUUCUUCGCGCGCCUUCCCUCCCGUCGCGCUCCGUCGAGUCGACGAGUUGAACGCCGCUCGCCGGUAGGUAGUGCGGCGCGAGCCGCCCAGUCACCAGUGCCCCGCGCGCCCAGGAUGUUCGUGUCGGUGUGGUACGCGAAGAAGAUGGGGAGACGGUUCAUCAACAACGUGCGGAAAGCGAAGAGACAGCGGCACCGCAUGAUGGCCAACUCCCCUCCCGUGGUUGUAAACACUGACACGCUGGACGGCUCGCCUUACGUGAACGGGACUGACGGGGAGGUUGAGUACGAGGAGAUCACGCUCGAAAGGGGGAACUCAGGCCUGGGCUUCAGCAUUGCAGGUGGAACAGACAACCCCCACGUUGGGGACGAUCCCAGCAUCUUCAUCACCAAAAUCAUCCCCGGAGGUGCGGCCGCCCAGGAUGGCAGGCUGAGUGUGAAUGACAGCAUCCUGUUUGUGAACGACGUGGACGUGCGGGAGGUGACGCACAGCCAAGCCGUGGAGGCCCUGAAGGAGGCCGGUGCCAUCGUCAGGCUGUAUGUGAUGCGUCGCAAACCGGCAGCUGAGAAAGUCACCGAGAUCAAGCUCAUUAAGGGACCCAAAGGUUUGGGCUUCAGUAUAGCUGGGGGGGUGGGCAACCAGCACAUCCCUGGAGACAACAGCAUCUACGUCACCAAGAUCAUUGAAGGGGGGGCUGCACACAAGGAUGGACGGCUGCAGAUUGGAGACAAGAUUCUGGCUGUGAACAACGUUUGUCUGGAAGACGUGAUGCAUGAAGAUGCGGUGGCGGCGCUGAAGAACACAGCUGAGGUGGUGUACCUGAGGGUGGCCAAGCCCAGCAGUCUGUACCUGACCAACUCCUACAACCCGCCCGACAUCACGAGCUCAUAUUCCCCACACCUGGACAACGAGGUGGGACACCCAAAUUACUUAGGCUCAGAAUACCCUCAAGCCCUUACCCCCACGUCUCCUAGCAGGUACUCGCCUGUCAUGAAAGGUAUGCUGGGAGACGAAGAUGUCCCUAGGGAUCCCAGGAGGGUGCUGAUCCACCGGGGCUCCACGGGACUGGGCUUUAACAUAGUGGGUGGUGAGGAUGGAGAGGGGAUCUUCAUCUCCUUCAUCUUGGCCGGGGGGCCAGCUGACCUGAGUGGGGAGCUCCGUAAGGGAGACCAGAUCCUGAGUGUGAAUGGCGUAGACCUUCGCAAUGCCACGCAUGAGCAGGCGGCAGCAGCACUGAAAAACGCCGGGCAGACCGUGACCAUCAUCGCCCAGUACAAACCUGAGGAGUACAGUCGGUUCGAAGCAAAGAUCCAUGACCUCAGAGAGCAGUUGAUGAACAGCAGUAUGGGCUCUGGAACCACAACCCUGAGGAGCAAUCCCAAGAGAGGUUUCUACAUCAGGGCCCUGUUUGACUAUGACAAGACGGCCGACUGCGGCUUCCUCAGCCAGGCCGUGGGCUUCCACUUUGGGGAGAUCCUGCACGUGCUUGACUGCGGGGACGAGGAGUGGUGGCAGGCACGGCGGGUCGGAGCCCAAGGGGAGGGAGAUGAAGUGGGCUUCAUUCCCAGCAAGAGGAGGGUCGAGCGGAAGGAGUGGUCUCGGUUGAAGACAAAAGAGAGGGACCGCAGUCGAGACAGCCUAGGAUCACAAGGGAGAGAAGAUAAAGUGCAAAGCUACGAGACGGUCACACAGGUGGAAGUUCAUUAUGCUCGUCCAAUCAUCAUCCUGGGCCCGGUGAAGGACAGGGUGAAUGACGACCUGCUCUCCGAGUUCCCCGACAAAUUUGGAUCCUGUGUUCCACACACAACGAGACCCAAGCGUGACUACGAGGUGGACGGGCGCGACUACCACUUUGUGUCGUCACGCGAGCAGAUGGAGAAGGACAUCCAGAGCCACCGCUUCAUCGAGGCGGGACAGUACAACAGCCACCUUUAUGGGACCAGUGUCCAGAGCGUGCGGGAGGUGGCUGAGCAGCAGGGGAAGCACUGCAUCCUGGAUGUGUCAGCCAAUGCCGUGCGCAGACUGCAGGCCGCCCAGCUCCAUCCGAUCGCCAUAUUCAUCCGGCCCAAGUCCCUGGAGAACGUUCUAGAGCUCAACCCCCGCCUGACCGAGGAGCAAGCACGCAAGGCCAUGGACCGAGCAGUCAAACUGGAACAGGAAUUUAUCGAGUGCUUUUCAGCUAUUGUGGAGGGUGACAGCUUCGAGGAGGUCUACCACAAGGUUAAGACUGUGAUCGAGGAGCAGUCGGGCCCCUACAUCUGGGUGCCCGCUCGGGAGAGACUGUGAGGCUGCCGUGCCGAGCCCAGCCCAGCCCAGCCCAGCCCAGCCCCCCACCUGCUUCCAGAAAGAGAGAGAGAGAGAGAGUCAGAGGGACUGUCUGGCUGCGCAGCUCUUCAUUUCCACGUGUUGGGGGCCUGUGUCCGGGCCACAGGGGAGGGGGAGGACCGCACCGCAUCCCAGCUCCGGCUGUUGAGUUCUCGCACCAUCCACGUGCAACCCCCAUCUUUACUAUGCUGGAAUGUCCCCCAGUCAGUGUGGCUGUCUUGGAGCAGGGAAUUGUAGGGGUUCAUAGUGUUUGCGGUCCUGGGGUGGCUGGUGGGGCAGGUCACUGUGGCGUGCGGUCAGGGGAAAUGCCAUAUCCCUUUCGCUAUGGGGAACAGCGGACUCCCAGUGACCCUGAGAUGCUCUUCUUAGCUCCACCCGCUCCUCCAUCACUCAUUUCAUCCCGUUCCCCCACCGCAGAGGGAGGGCAAGGGUGAGCGAGUGAACGCAGACACAGGCAUCACAGCAGACUGUACACCGCGAACGUAGUCACACCUGAACUGUGAACGAUGUCCGUGGAUAACACAGUAAUAUGAAUAUGUAACAAUAAUAUCCAACGAUAUCUGCCUUUAAAAAGAACAGAGAGAAAGUCACUCAUUUCUCCUUCAUUUCCCACAAAUGACGUAGGGGGUUGUCUCGUUCGUCUCAGCCCGAUUGCGCAAGCUCUCCGAAACACAGCGCGGACUGCAGCGUGAAGCGGGACACACCCCUAGCGAGCAAGUGGAGGGGGAGGAGCCUGCUCUGACCCCUCCCCCUUCCCGCGCCGCGCCGGCCAAUCAGAGCGCCGGAAAGGCAGACAGCGGCGAGGGCCGGGCGGGAAAGUGCAAACGAUCGUUUCCAUUUCCACCCGGACACCGAACGAAUGAGCAGAAACGUCGCUGCUCGUUUUUCCAACUGUCAUCGUCUUUAGUGAAUAUCGAUUUAGGGUCACGUGAAGGGCUUCGGGUUCUGUGACCACCCGCAAAUCUGCGUGUCUGGAGUCGUGUUCAUGGAAGAGCUAGCGAACCAGCGUGCGUGUCUCUCUCUUCCUCUCGAAGCCGUGUACUCGCCCCCCUCCCCUCCCCUCCCCUCCCCUCUCAGCGUUCCCGCUGAAGAAUGCUACAUAUAGAGGACAAAUUUAGACUACAAGACAAAUGUAUAAAUGAAAUUAUAUCUAUAUUUUUAACAAAAGGAAAUGUUACCGCAGGAUUUGGAUCCUGUGAGUCGCACCACAUUAUCGCUGAGUCUGAUUUACUUCUGUUUUUCUUGAACCACCGAGUCUCUCUCUGCGCUGGAUUUAUUUCAUUUACAUUUUUCUAGUGUUUGUCUUUGCCUUUCCCAAAGGUGACAGAUUUGAAACUAAGCUGCAGUAACUUAUUCGCAGUGCGCCGCCGAGCUCCAGCAUUUAUUGCCAAUGAAUAUUAACAUUGUAUGAAUGUUGGGUCCCAGCUUCUUCCAGACGCACCGGACUGUGAAAGUUUCAUGAGUGACUAACGACUGUUCCGGUGAAAAAAGGAAGAGAAAAGCGCUGCGAGUCGCGUCCGUUUCUCAGCCCCUGCGAACGGGCCGCCGCUCGGCCUCUCCUGCGCCGGAAGAAGCGGCGCGCGCGCGCAUGCUGCAGGUCAUUCGCACCUUUACACAUCAAAGAAACGCUCUCCGUUCUGCCUGAGGCAUUACCCUGUCACCCCCCCCCCCGAUUGUGACUCAUUCCGUCAUCAAGUCGGCCGACAUGAUGAGCGCUAUCCCCGCUGCGUCUCGAGGCGCCUCGCCUUGCGACAGGACCGGUUGCCAUGACUACUGGUUCCCCGUCAGUGUCCGCUCGGCGCGUGUCCUGCGCGGCAAUGAAAAGUUCGGCGGUUCGACACGAGCCCGGUGAGAGUGAGGAAGGGCGACGGGGUGCCUUAACUACUGAACCCUGGGUACCUUCAGACCCUGCUAAUGAGUGUUUGCGUUGGGUGGAGGCUGCAGGGGAGGGGCAAAGGGCCCAGCGGGGAUGGCUGGGAGGGGGGGGGCGGCGUGGGAAAGCAGCGGUGUACCGCGGCACCGGGUACAGCAGGGAGUGCCGCAGACGUGGCCUCGUUCGUCUUGUUCAUUCGGUCAUAUUUCAAAAAUAGAUUUAACAUGAAGUGCAACAGAGUGAGGCAGCAGAGUUGCCGUCAUUCACUGGAGAAUCAUGUGUUUGGGGGUCUCGACCUCAGUCACCGCUCGCGUGGAAGGGCCAAGCGAUGCUCCGCUCGUCUCAUUCAUUCAUUCAUUCAUUCCUUCAGAUCGGUGUCGGGUUCUCGAAGGUCCGAAUUUACGCUGCAUUUCAUUUAUUUUCUCGAGCAUUUACUAGAAUGUCUCUGAUGCUUGAGUGAUUCGACCCACGCUCUAUGUGUGGAAGUCGCUCUGUGCCGAAAUCUGGGGACUUAACGUGACACAUAGAUGAGAGAAAGGCGACCCCCAGCAGCGAACGAGAACCACGGGAGGAACUGCCUGUGUGUGUGUGUGUGUGUGUGUGUGUGUGUGUGUGAGAGAGAGAGAGAGAGCGCCGACA